UCCAACGUCAACGGUAACGUCACGAGAAAUUUAAUUACUUGUUUAUUAGUUGAGGUUAUGUUUACAAUUGUUCGUACUUUUUCACAAAGUUGGCGCAAGAAAAGGCAAAAAUGUGUUAAUUUACGAAUUCACGAACCGUGUAGAUCAGUUAUUCGGCCAUAAUGUCAGUUCAAACUAAAUCUUUAUCCAAGAAGGUGCAUCUGUGCAACGUCUGCCCCUACGUAACAACAUCAGUUUUUCUCAUGGUGAACCACACGAAGCGCCACUCUUCCCCAGUUUUGCCCUUCACUUGCGAGAACGCCGAAAUUGAAGUGUAUUCCUGUCAAGAUUGUGAUUUUCGGACAGAAUUGACCCUUCUUUUCAAGCGACACCUUCAGGAACAUCAUAGUGUUAACCAAAACCAGGACAACUUUACAGUGCAAAAGUAUGUUUGUGAAAAUUGUACCCUUGAAACACAUUUCUUGGGAAAAUGGCUUGAACAUACAGCAACGUGUGUCAAAAAUAAACAUAGUCGUCGGAUGUCAUCUUCUAAGGAAGAUUCCGUUUUGUAUAAGUGUGAUAAAUGUGAGCGCCAGUACAAGUGUGAAUAUAACUUAAAGAAACACAAAAUCGUAAAACAUGGCUGUGAAAUACCUUGGUACCACUGUGCGAAUUGUUCAUUCAAAACUAAAAGAAAAUGGUGUUUGACAGUCCACAUAAAUUGUUGGCAUAGCGAAAGAAACAACGUUAAGUGGCUCGAGUGUAAAAAUUGUUCUUUCAAAGCUAACCAAACUGACGAUUUACAUAAACACCUGAAAACGCAACAUCUAGACAGAGAAAAUAUUAAGUGGCACAAAUGUGAAAAGUGUCUUUAUAAAACCAAAUACUUGAGGAGUUUAAAUUUGCAUAUAAAAGCCAGGCACGGUAUUAAGUGUCAUGAAUGCAGAAAUUGCCCCAUUAAAACUGAGCAAAAUUUUAACCUAGACCACGUAAAUUUACACCAUUUGGACAACCAAGAUAUUAAAUGGUAUGAAUGCAAAAAGUGUCCAUACAAAUCUAGAUACAGUACUCAUUUAAAAACCCAUAUAGUGGCGCGCCAUGUGGACCAAGACCACAUUGAAUGGUACAAAUGUGAAAAGUGCCCAUUCAAAUCCAAACAAAAUAGCAACUUAAAACAACACGUAAUCGUGCGACAUUUAAACGAGCAAGACAUUAAAUGGUUUGAAUGCAGCAAAUGUUCAUACAAAACCAAGCAAAAUUCGCAUUUAAAAAGACACAUGAACGCGCACCAUUUGGAUGAGAAAUAUAUUAAAUGGUACGAAUGUGAAGCCUGCCCGUACAAGUCCAAAAUGAAGAGCAAUUUAAACUGCCACAUAAAUACGCAGCAUUUGGAUGACGAAGAUAUUAAAUGGUACCGUUGCGAUAAGUGUCCAUACAAAGCUAAACACAAGCUGCAUUUAAAAACCCACAUAAAUGCCCACCACUUGGACGAAAAAGACAUUAAAUGGUAUGAAUGCAAAGAGUGUCCAUACAAAACCAAAUAUAGCUCGAAUUUGAAAUCUCACGUAAAUUCGCACCAUUUAAAUGAGGAGAAUAUUAAAUGGCAUGGGUGCAGUAAAUGUCCCUAUAGAACCAAGUACAAGCAUUAUUUAAAAACACAUGUAAAUGCAAAGCAUUUGUAUGAAUAGGAUUUAAUUUUGGUGACGUAAAUUCGGAAUGUUUAAAAUUAUAAAAAAAACGAAUUUUUGUUAAAUAAAUUGUUCAUAACGUAAAGAA